AUGUCCCUAGCAACCAUAUUCACUACCUCCAUAACACCCGCAAGCGCAGUACCCGGAUACCACCGUGGAAGCGACAUCUUUUCCAGCCCUAUCCGAUCCACAGUCUGGAACCUAGGCGACACUGUCGAAAUCCUCUUCAACAAGGCCCUCUCGCGGGAAGACAGCAACUCAACGAUGCUCUACCUCGAAUACACAACCCGCGCCUGCAGGGGUUCUGUCCCCGACGAAGAACGGUACUGCGACAACCGUGCCACAAAAGUCACUGCCCGCGGUCAAAUCCUUCCCGGUGCCGAUUCUUUUCUUUGGACUAUCCCGACCACCUUGGACCUGCAGUUGUCGAGGGGUCAGUUCCAUUUGUAUGAUUACAAUGGACAUUCGAGUGAGAGUUUUUUAAUCCGCCCGACGUCCAGAAGGCGUCAGGGAGGGGAGCAGCAGGGAGGCGGAGGAGGGCAAGGGUAUGCAAGGCAGCAGAUUUUGGAUCAGGAUGCUCUUCUGGUCUACCUUGAUCCAUCUGAAUGA